AUGAAGCGAAAAGCAGCAGAAGAAGGCCUCGCCUCUGACUCCAGCUCCAACAAAAAGCAUAAGCCAUCUCUGUCGGCGGAUGAAACGCAAAUGCGCUUUCGCAAAGGUCUAUUCGAUCAAGCUGUCCUAGACUCCUAUACCAAAGAAUACGCUGCUUCAUCCCCUUAUAAACAUGCCGUGAUCCACCGGUUGAUCGACGACGAGCUCCUGCGGUCUGUCCGAGACGAGGUGCGCAACAAUGUUCAGUUCGCGCCAAAGGAAACAGACAUAUACAAGAUCCAUCAGUCGGGCGACUUGGCCAACCUGGAUGGGCUCGAUGACGAGUCCCUGUCCAAGCUCCCGUCCCUUCUUGCUCUCCGAGACGCCAUCUACUCGGAAACCUUCCGAAAAUACGUCUCCACCAUUACCGGCUGCGGUCCGCUCAGUGGUCGAAAGACGGACAUGGCCGUCAACGUCUACACCCCGGGAUGCUUUCUCCUGUGCCACGACGAUGUCAUUGGCAGUCGCCGAGUCAGCUAUAUUCUAUACCUGACCGAUCCCGAAACGCCCUGGCAACCAGAGUGGGGCGGCGCGCUGCGCUUGUUUCCCGUGCAGGACAAGAAAAACGACGACGGUCAAGUGGCCAAAACGCCGUUGCCCGACUUUGCCAAAGUCAUCCCCCCGGCGUGGAACCAGCUCAGCUUCUUCGCGGUGCAGCCCGGCGAAAGCUUCCACGACGUUGAGGAAGUCUACCACGCGGAAACCGAGGAGCAGCUCGACAUAGAUGGAGGUCGCGUCCGAAUGGCCAUCAGCGGCUGGUUCCACAUACCCCAGAUGGGCGAGGACGGCUACGUUGAGGGCGAAGAAGAGGACCUGGCCAAGAACAGCAGCUUGAUGCAGCUUCAGGGGGACCCGGCCCAGUACGAUGCCCCCCGAGCCAAGCCCGUCAGGGUAGCAAACCCAAAGGCGACCGAGGACGCGUUUGAGGAGGCGGAUCUCGAGUUUCUGCUCAAGUACAUUGCGCCCACGUACCUGACCCCCGACACGCUGGACCAAGUCUCUGCCCACUUUGGCGAAAACUCCAGCAUAACGCUGGAAAACAUACUGUCCGAGAAGUUUGCCCAGCGGCUAAAGCGCUACCUUGAGGACCAGGAGAAGCAGCCGCUGCCUCGGGGAAGCGCGGCCAUUGAGAAGUCGUCAGCCUGGAAGGUGGCCAAGCCUCCCCACAAGCACCGAUAUCUGUACCAGCAACCCAGCGAGCCGGACCAACUGCGGACCUCGCAGGAAGAAUCGCCCAUCACCGAGCUCCUGGACAUUGUGAUGCCCAGUCGCCAAUUCCGCCAAUGGCUCCAGAUCGCCACUGGGUGCACCGUAGAGAGUCACGACGUCAUGGCUCGCCGUUUCCGCCGCGGAAGCGACUACACCCUAGCGACAGGUCACGACGGCAAAGCCCGUCUCGAGCUCUGCCUGGGCAUGACGCCAACCCCCGGCUGGGGUGAUGACGCCAGGGGACGAAAGACGACGGACCGCCCAGAGCAGGAGGGUUCCCAGGACAAGGGCAAGGGCAAGGGCAAGGGCAAGGCCGCAGCUGUCGGGAAGCCGGAACCCAACAAGGAAGACGAAGACGACCAGGAGGAGGUUGGCGGCAUGGAGGUGUACAUGGCUGGUGACGACGACGACGCCGACGCCGACGAAGACGCGGCUGUUUACAAGUCCAGCGGUGACGAUGACAACAUUCUCUUCUUCCAGGCCGCGUCUUGGAACAAGCUGACCAUUGUGCUGAGAGACAGCGGCGCCCUCAAGUUUGUCAAGUACGUGAGCAGGAGGGCGCAGGGCGACAGAUGGGACGUUUCCGGCGUCUACGAGAUUGAGGAGCUGGAAGGCGAUGAGGAUGAGCAGGAGGAUGGCCGUGACAACGGUGAAGGCGCUGCCGGGCCGGCUCUAGAAUCCGACGGGGAAGAGUACAACGGCUUCCCGGACUCGGAUGAGAGCGAAUCCGAUUGA